AUGGGAGCGAGGGGAGAACCUAAAAUCAAUCACCGGCAGAGGAACAGGAUGAAGGACGCUGUGGAGCGGAAGGCCCUUCCAUACGGGACGCCAAUUAUGGACAACCCUACGUAUUACGUUUUCACCCCUACAGCAGGGCCCUACCACUUCCACAUCAAACCUGCCAACUUUAAUGGGGUGAAUGGAUUAGGGCGCCCCUCUCGCAGGGGAGAGCAGGGAACUGCCUCGGGAAAGGGGGCCGCUGGUAAAGCUAUACCACCCUGUAACAGCAUAAUACGUAUGUACGUACAUACGAUCCCUCUUCCCGGCACUAAUUGCCAAGUGGUACUGCCCGCUUUUCUUCCUUCCGCGGCACUUCUCAUGUUCUGCCUCCCGCUGCUGCUGCUAUUGGCCACUUCGGCUGUCGGAUCGGUUCUGGGAAGCAGCAGCGCUAUUAGCGCCGAUCCCACCGUCAGGUGGGUUUACCGGGAUGCACGGAGUGCUCGUGGCUACUGCAAGUACAUGCUUACGGGGGCUGGGCCUUGCAGCGUCGAUGAUUUCAAGGCCCUCAUGGAGAAGUUCCUCGGCGAGCUCUGCGACAGCAUAGCCAGCGGAGCUACGGUGGACAUACCCUCCGCUGGAAAUGAAGUGCCGUGA